AUGUUUGAAGCUUUGGUUGUAGCUCUGUUGUUCUCUGUUCUUAACUAUGGAAUCAACAGAGCCACAGCAAGUGGUGAUGGAGAUUUCUUCCAUAACUGCGCACCAUCCAGGUGCAGCGAAGAAGGCACAAUAGAGAUCCGAUUUCCAUUCCGCCCAGCAACCAGCCCCCCAUCCUGUGGAGCACCUGGCUUGGAGCUAGCAUGCUCAAUGGAAGCAGAUACCAUCCUACUUCACCCAAUCCUUGGACUAUGCAAGGUCACUGCAAUUGACUACAGAUUUGGUGGCCUGAAUGUCAUCCCGCUUGAAGAAUCAUGGACUAGGUGCCCGCUUCAGAAGAUCUCUGCCACCAAUCUAUCAACUAGUGUCUACAUACCUGACAGUUACGGGGGUGAAACUGCAAUCCUGGUACGCUGUUCAAGAGAGUUGAUACCAACAGAGAAGGCCGGUACGACACCAGGUAUGGGGGACAGUAUUGUUGGCCCAAUCUCUUGCCUGAGCAACACAAGCCAGUUCAUAUAUUUGAUGGACGGUAGUGAACCAAUGUAUAUUCUUCCCUUAGACUGCAAAGUGGUUUCAAAUGGUAUUUCAACGCCGUGGGAUUAUGAUAUCAAUGAUGUGUUAUUCACUGAAAGAGCCAGAAGGGUCAUUGCAUUUGGUGAGACAACCUUGACUUGGUCAGUUCCUAACAUAACCGACAUUUGUCUAGACUGCGAGCGAAAUGGGCAUCCCUGCGGAUUCAGCUCACAACGCAGGCAAGCAUUCUGCAAGCGCCAAGGUUCACGUGUGAAAGUCAUUGCAGCAACAUCAUCGGUAGCCACAUUUGUGGUUCUCUUGUUGACGGCAGCCACAGCACUCUAUCGGUCCCUAAAAUCAAAGGUCGAUGAAGAGGUGCGUUUGAAAAUCGAAAUGUUUCUCCAGGCAUAUGGCACAUCAAAACCAACAAGGUACACAUUCUCUGAAGUUAAAAAAGUAAUAAGGCGAUUCAAAGAUAGACUGGGUCAGGGUGGAUUUGGAAGCAUAUACAAAGGUCAGCUGGCAAAUGGAGUACCUGUGGCAGUAAAGAUGCUGGAGAAUUCAAAGAGCGGCGAAGAAGAAUUCAUGAAUGAAGUCGCAGCCAUUGGUAGAAUCCACCAUGCUAAUGUGGUCCGUCUCUUGGGAUUCUGCUCAGAAGGAACAAGGCGUGCUCUUAUCUAUGAAUUCAUGCCUAACGGAUCUCUCGAGAAGUAUAUAUUCGCACAUGAAUCAGAUAUUUAUCGAGAGCUAUUAGCACCUAAUAAAAUGCUGGACAUAGCAUCAGGCAUUGCACGGGGAAUAGAAUACCUGCAUCAAGGGUGCAAUCAGCGGAUCCUCCAUUUUGACAUCAAGCCUCACAACAUCUUGCUAGAUUACAGAUUUAGUCCAAAGAUUUCUGAUUUUGGGCUUGCGAAGCUGUGUACAAGGGACCAUAGCAUCGUCACACUGACUGCAGCUAGAGGAACAAUGGGUUACAUUGCACCAGAACUGUAUUCUCGAAACUUUGGGAGAAUAUCCAGCAAGUCCGAUGUCUAUAGCUUUGGCAUGCUGGUGCUGGAAAUGGUGAGCGGUAGGAGGAACUCAGAUCCAUGGAUUGAGAACCAAAACGAGGUUUACAUCCCAGAAUGGAUAUAUGAGAAAAUAAGCACGGAGCAAGAACUGGAAUCAUCAAGGGAAAUGACGCAAGAAGAGAAGGAUACAGUAAGAAAGCUAGCCAUUGUGGCACUGUGGUGCAUUCAGUGGAACCCGAAAAACCGCCCAUCCAUGCCGAAAGUGCUGAACAUGUUAACAGGAGCCAUUUAUUUCGUCUCCGGGCCACCCCAUGCCACAAAUCUAGAGAUUUGUUUCACUGGGACUCUGAAUGUAUUUAUUUCGGACACCGAUACUUAA